AUGUUGCGUUGGGGCAUUCUGGGCACCAGCUUCAUCUCCCACACAGUGGUAAAAGCCAUCCUCGAUAGCCCUGGUUCACGCAUCACGGCCGUUUUUGGGCGCAACGAGGCCCGCCUCGAAGAGUUCGCCGCAAAGUACAGCAUCGCCACCAAGUACCAAGACCUGGAAGCCCUGCUCGACGAUGCUGAAGUCGACGUCGUCUACGUCGGCCUGCCCAGCCAUAUGCACUCUGCCGCAGUGAUUGCCGCUGCGAAGAGGGGCAAGGCCAUUCUCUCGGAAAAGUCUCUUGCAACGACCAUGGACGACUCUCACGCCAUGAUGGCGGCUGUCAAGGAGGCAAAUGUCUUCUUCCUUGAGGGCCUCAUGUAUCUCUGCCAUCCUUUGAUGGACAAGAUUGCCUCAAUUGUGCACUCCGGCGUUCUGGGCACAGUCAAGGGCAUGUCGGGCUACUACGCCGCCAACAUCUGGAAGAAGGCCAAUCCACUCGGAAUGGGCACCAUCUACAACUUGGGCUGCUACCCGGUUUCUCUGGUGCACUUCAUCAUGGAGACUGCCUUUGGACCUGAAGCCUUUGCAAAGAGACAAAUCACCGGACUGGGCAACGUCUCCAGCGAGGGCACCUUGCAUGUUCGGGAUGCCUCUCUCAAUGUCCGAUUCGACAACGGAGUUUUGGCCACCAUUCAAUCCACCGAUAGUUUCGGCAACGACUUUGGCUUUUCCAUCCAGGGCGACAAAGGCGUGCUGCGAUUUAGGACAAACCCCUGGCUCCCGCUGGCUGGUGAUAACAUCAUCGAGAUCAAGACCUAUGGCGGAUCCACGGAGGAAAUCGUUGUAGGCGCUCAAAUGGAUGCUUUUGGACAUCAAGUCAAGCGUGUGGAAGACUGUGUUGCCCAGGGCGUCAAAGAAGCCCCGCGGCCAUCGCCCAGCUGGACAAAUUCUGUUGAAAUCAUGGGGCUGUUAACAGAUUGGGAGGCGGACAUUAAAAAGCGACACUCCAAUUAG